UUAACUGGAAAUUCCUUCUUGUAAAUCUCUGUGUAUGUUUGAGAUACAAGAUAUAUUGCGAAGUUAUCACUGGUCAAGAGACUACAGAAAUAGUUUUGGGCUCAGAUGCUCAUCAUUGCCCACAGUUGACAGUUCCAACUGGUCUCCUAGCGGUUAGAUAAAUAUUUAAAGGGUUUGUAGUCCGGAAGGAUAUAGACACAAUAUUGUCUAGAUUUUACAUUUCGGUUUAUCAAACAUUCAUAAAACAUGUGCAAGCAGAAAGUAGAUGUUGAAGGAUCUACGGCAUCCACGGAAUCAACGGGAGAUCCACCUCUAUCAAAAUUUGACUUAUUUAUAAAGCAGAGUCCAUCAAUACCUGGACACAGUAUGGAAUUCGUCCAUCCGAAAGAGAUUCCAUGGUUUGAUCACAACCUCUUACAAAACGGAAUGGACUUUGUAAGAAACAACUAUUUUUCCGUCCUCUUGUCAAAUUUCAUCGGGGGAUUUCUGAUGAUCACCGGGAAAAACAUAGGAGGAGAGUCACUCUUCAGAAGAGGCAGCAUAACCACCCCUUCUGCGAGCUUCCUCAGAAUACUGAAAACAACGGACAGAUUCAUGCACUGGUACUCCAGUGAUGUCAGCCAGGAUGGAUCUGAAGGUUUCAGAGCUGUGAAAACCGUGAGACGACUUCAUCAGCUGUAUGGAGAACCAAAGGAGAAAGGUGUCAUUCCAGAUGCGGAAUUUGCAUCACACUUUACGCCCGAAACUACUCAGCGUGUCCAAAUAAUGAGGGCUGAGUUGGAGAAUAUCGUCGACAAAACUGUAGCCCCGUACGCCCUGUUGACCCAUGAAUUACCUUACUCGUUCAGUCAAUUCACUGUCGCCCUGAAUCAACUAAGCUUAAUAACAACCCUUCUGCUCUUCCCUGAUCUUGUUGGACUAAAUGACUCUGAAGAUCUUCGCGGAUACUGCCACUUUCUGGCCGUGCUUGGACGAAUGCUAGGACUUGAAGAUAGAUUUAACAUUGCUUUGUCGAAUGAUAUUGACCUGAUGAAGGGAAUAUUUUGCAAUGUAAUAGUGGCAAGCUGGCAGAAAAUUGAGGAAACUAAUGUUCAAUUGAAUGAGAUUUUUGUUCAAGGAGUUAACGCAAAUAUUCUUCUGCCAUCCUUCAUGAAAAUUCAGGUUGAGUUGUUUCUUCUAAUGCUGCUCAAAGGGAUGGGAGCAGGAAGAAAGGUUUUCCACGAUAAAUUAAAUUUUUUCAAUAAAUUGUACUGGGCCAUGCUAAUUAGUACUUGUUGGCUUAUAAGGAAAUCCCUUAUUCUCAAAAUUGUAGUUAAUAAUUUUACUAGGUUAUUUGUGUGGAUUUUAACAAAUGCAUAUUUAAGAGAUAAAAGUAAAUAUCAACCCAAAUGUAGAAAUGGAUGUCCAUUUGGAUAAUUAAUUAAUACGUAAUGUAAAUAUUUGAAACGAUGUAUGUAAUUUUAUUUUAUUCAAUGUAAUAUAAUUUAUUUUGUAAUUCAGCAAAUUAAAAGUAUAGUUUUUCAUUU